AAACUAUCCUUCUCCUUCUUGCCUUCAAAAGCUUUCGGCAUUUAGAUCUGGUUCGUACAGAAAUGGCGGGAUUUACCAACAUGUUGAUGAAUCCAUGGGUUCUCCAUCUCCAGAAGCUCGGGCUCGAACUCAAGUGCCCUCUAUGCUUGAAAUUGCUUAAUCGACCGGUGUUGCUUCCUUGUGAUCACGUCUUCUGCGAAUCAUGUAUACACAAAUCGUCGCAAGUUGAAUCAAGCUGUCUUGUUUGCAAAUCUAAAUAUCCCAAAAAGGCUCGGAGGAAUCUUCAUAUCAUGGAGAGUGUGAUAAGCAUGUACAAAAGCUUGAAUGCAGCUGUUAGUGUUCAUCUCCCACAGCUACAGAAUCAGAAUGAUGGCAACUACAAGAACGAUGCACAGAACAAUUCCAGCAGCCAAAAAGACGGUGGAUCUGAAGAUUCUGAGAUGAUUGACAAGGAUGUGAUCAAGCGAAGUGGUGGUGGUAGUAAUUCAUCUAGUCAUGACGGUUCUCCACUUCCAACGUCACAAGAAAGCAAUCAAAGACCUAAGCAUCAGGACUGGUCUAAGCAGCAGAUAGUCGAUCCUCUCCCGUUAUAUGAGUUCGAAUCUGCGAAUGAUGCUGGCAAUCAUACACCUGAAAGUCAUACAGGACCAGCUGCAAAAAGCCUUAGCGACAUCACUGUUUCUGAGAAGCCUGACAAGGCUGCAAGGAGGCGAAUUUGUGGUGAUUCCCUUAGUCAUGAUGAUUCUCCGCUUCCAAAAUCACAAGAAAGCAAUCCAAAUCCUAAGACUCAGGAUCUGACUGAGCGGCUAUUGAUGGAGAGCCUCCGGUCAUAUGAUUUUCAGCCUGAAUCAGACAAUGAUCCCACUGAUCAUAUAAAAGCAGAGAAACGUCAGCAGUUAUCCAAAAGUCAUACAGAACAAGCUGCGAAAAGGAAGCGUGACACCACUGCUUCUGAAGCAAUGGAAAAUCAUCAGAAAUACCCCAAGAGGCAGAAGAAUUUGAUGCAAAAAGCUGCUGAUGUUGACUUCAACGACAACUACACUGCAAACUCUGAUGAUCAGCUAAUUGGAAAACCCUCCAAGGCAUCAAAUUUGACCCCAUCUGUAAUUUCAGAUCAGCCAUCAUCCAACAUAACCAUAUGUGGAUUUUGCCAAUCUGAUAGGGUAUCUGAGGCCACUGGAGAAAUGCUGCAUUAUUCCAGGGGAAGGCCGGUGGUUGGAGAUGACAUCUUCCGCUCCAAUGUUAUCCAUGUCCAUAGCGCAUGUAUCGAAUGGGCACCGCAAGUAUACUAUGAAGCUGACACAGUGAAGAACCUGAAAGCAGAACUGGCAAGGGGGAUGAAAAUCAAGUGCACCAAAUGUGGUCUGAAAGGGGCUGCCUUAGGCUGCUAUGUCAAGUCUUGCCGCAGGAGCUACCAUGUUCCAUGUGCACGGGGGAUUUCCAGAUGCCGUUGGGAUUAUGAAGACUUUCUUCUGCUUUGUCCGGCUCAUUCUUCUGUCAAAUUCCCAAAUGAGAAGUCUGGACAUCGCGUAUCCAGAGCUGAGCCCUUACCGAAAAUAAAUCCUGCUGAGCUUUGUUCUCUGGAAAAAACCCCGGCUAUUACAAAAGACCUUGUUCUCUGUGGAUCAGCACUCUCUCAGAGUGAUAAGCGACUGAUGGAAACUUUAGCCGCCAAACUCAAUGCAACCAUAUCAAGGUACUGGAACCCUAGUGUUACGCAUGUGAUUGCUUCUACAGACGAGAAAGGAGCUUGCACAAGAACUUUAAAGGUUCUUAUGGGUAUUCUCAAUGGAAAAUGGAUUAUCAAUGCAGGCUGGAUUAAAGCAAGCCUUGAAGCUUCUCAACCUGUUGAUGAAGAACCAUUUGAGAUUCAUAUUGACACUCAAGGAUGUCAUGAUGGACCGAAAACCGCAAGACUCAGAGCGGCAACUAAUAAACCAAAGCUCUUUGAUGGCUUGAAAUUCUAUUUCUUUGGAGACUUCUGUAAAGGAUACAAAGAAGACCUUCAAAACCUAGUCAAAGUCGCUGGUGGUACGAUCUUGAACACAGAGGAUGAGCUUGGCGCAGAGAGCAGCAACAAUGUCAAUGACCAACGAUCAUCGAUUGUGGUUUACAACAUUGAUCCUCCAAUUGGAUGUGCUUUGGGUGAAGAAGUCACGAUUAUUUGGAACCGAGCAAAUGAAGCAGAAGCUUUAUCUAGCAAAACUGGAUCUCGGGUCGUUGGUCACACAUGGCUCUUGGCUUCUAUAGCUGGUUACAAGUUGCAUCCUAUGGCUAGCUAAAUUUUAGAAAGAAAUGUUUCAGUUUCACACUUUCACUAUAUAUGUAAGAUCACUUUUAUUUAUCUUGUUUGGUCUAAAAUUUGUAAGAUAACAAAACAGAUUCGUGU